AUGCCGACAACAACAAGAAGCAAGCACAAAUCCAAGGAAGAGGAAGCUGACAAGCCUCCUGAGGUGGUGGUGAAGACCAAGAGACCGAAAUCAAAUGGCGUCGCAUUGAACGGGGUUCAGAAGAAUCAGAUUCUCUUGGAUAUCGAAAAGCACCCAGGCUGCCUCUUUAAAGAUCUGAAGCACACUUAUCCAGACGUCUAUGCCAUUGGAGAGCGUCACGAAACUGCGUUUCGCAAUCGUUUCCACUAUCUGAGAGAUCUCAAGAAGACUAAACCAAAAGAGUAUUGGGAUCAGUACUCGAAGGCGGGUCAGAUUGUGCUUGCAGCAGAACCUGUCAACAAGAAUCCGGACGAGGAAGAAGCCACAGACUCAGCGGACAAGAACAAACAUUCGAAGCUUCAACAAGACAAGGAACAGGAAGCACCACAAGAAGAAGCAGCAGAUCAGGACGAGGAGGUAGAUCAGUCUACGAUUUCAGAGUUGACAUCGCCUUCAGUCAAGAGCUCCGGUCCUCUCAAGAAAAGAGCCAUCGUCAAGAAUCAAACCACUCCAAUCAAAAAGCCCACCCCAAUCAAAAAGCCCACUCCCAAGAUGUCGAAUUCGUCCAAGAAAUCCACCAAGUUCAGCUCGCCCUCUGCAACCGGCAAGGCUCGCCUAUGCCAGUAUGAUACUUUGACAGAAGCAAAGCAGGCUGCUGAUGAAGUGAUUGAGGUUGACUUUGAUUUCCCCGAGAAGAAUGGUGGUCCACUCUUUUGGGUUCAGCAGGUUUCUAGCUGCAAGUCUCCUGAUGGUUCUGCAUUGAUUGACAAGGUCAUCAUUCGGCUCACGAGCUGCCUUGACUUUUCAGAUGCUCACAAGAUUAGCGGUACCAUUGUCGUCUUUGGUGCUGCUUUUAUGUUGACACUUCCUUGGGCAACCAGCUUCUUUCUUGAGCAUCACAAGAAAAUGUUCAAGAAAGAGCUCAAAAGUUGUGAGAUGACAGCAGCAAAGCAUUCAACCGCUGCAAAUGCCAUCAUCAAAUCUGAGAAUCCGGAGCAUGGAUUCGAGCCUCGUCGCUACAAGAAGCUUCUCUUCGUUUGGCCCAAUGACAUGAUUGUUUCCUCGAAACUAAACGAUGGCGAGGCUCCCGUUGCAGACCAGAAGAUUGAUAAGAUCGCGCUGACUAUAUUCAAUGUCAAGAGGACGAAAGUUGGAGAAGGAGCUGAUGAGGAAGAGAUGCCUCAAACUUUCUGCCCCGGCAAGUUUGAGUUUCGUGUGAUCGAUGAUGAGGCUGAAAGUGAGCUCAAGCGGAAGAAGAAAGCAAAGAAGAAAGGGCAAUCACUCAAGGACCUCUUUGCCAACAUGAAGUUUACAUCAGGAGGUGAGCCCGAUUUCGAGGAUAAUGAUUCCUCAUCUUCCAAGUCGUCGUCCGCAAGCAAUGAGGAGAGUGGUGGCGAAGAUGGUGGUGGAGCUAUGGAUGAGCAGAGCUAG